CUACCGUGUGGAGAAGCACACACACUCAUCCUAUCCAAAAAUGCAUAGCCCUGUGGAGGCAGAGCUUGUUCAUUCACAGUUCUUUAGAGAGAUCUUCUGUUGAGGCUGCAAAGACCAAAAGCUGUCUUACAGCCAUCCCUAUCUGUGAGCCAAGAACCUCAUCCAGGGUGGAGCUUUACGGCACUCUAAAGAGAAUGCAAAUUUGUACCUUGGAUGGAUAUCUGGGGAUAUGAAUGGAAUUACCUCUGAAUUCCCCCCCCCCCCACUCAGUAUAAUGCAAGAGGUAAAUGCACUUGAAUGGAUCACCACAUACUCUUAGUUGAAUGGGGCCAUUGCACAUUCUGACCAUAUUUCUAAAGCUAAGGAUUUGGAAAAGCAGCUUUUGAAGACAUGACCCAUUUGCAUACUGGUCUCAGUCCAGAAAUCAUAGAGAAAGCCCGUCUGGAACUUAAUGAAAACCCAGAUGUUUUGCACCAGGAUAUUCAGCAAGUAAGGGACAUGAUCAUCACAAGACCUGACAUUGGAUUCUUGCGUACAGAUGAUGCCUUCAUCCUGAGAUUUCUCCGAGCCAGAAAGUUUCAUCAAACAGAUGCCUUCAGAUUAUUGGCUCAGUAUUUCCAAUACCGGCAGCUGAAUCUGGAUAUGUUUAAAAAUUUCAAAGCUGAUGAUCCAGGGAUCAAACGAGCUCUGAUUGAUGGAUUCCCAGGAGUGCUAGAAAACCGUGAUCACUAUGGCAGAAAGAUACUUUUGCUCUUUGCAGCCAGUUGGGAUCAGAGUAGAAAUUCCUUCGUAGAUAUUUUACGGGCUAUUCUCUUGUCCUUGGAAAUUCUGAUUGAAGAUCAAGAGCUUCAGAUAAACGGCUUCAUUCUAAUUAUAGACUGGAGUAAUUUUUCCUUCAAGCAAGCCUCCAAAUUGACCCCUUCAAUCCUCAGACUGGCUAUUGAAGGGUUGCAGGACAGCUUUCCUGCUCGCUUUGGAGGCAUCCAUUUUGUGAACCAGCCGUGGUAUAUCCAUGCUCUCUACACGCUAAUCAAGCCCUUCCUCAAAGACAAGACACGGAAAAGAAUCUUUCUUCACGGAAACAACCUUAAUAGCCUUCACCAGCUCAUACACCCUGAUUGCUUACCUUCAGAGUUUGGAGGGACUCUUCCUCCCUAUGACAUGGGCACUUGGGCUCGGACGUUACUUGGACCGGAUUAUAGCGAUGAGAAUGACUACACUCACACAUCUUACAACACCAUGCAUGUGAAGCAUUCAUGUUCCAACCUAGAGAGGGAAUGCUCUCCAAAACUCAUGAAAAGGUCUCAAUCUGUGGUGGAACCCGGAAUAUUAAAGCAUGAAGAACAGAAUGUAAAUGAGAACACCCAGCCACUACUAGCUCUAGACUGAGAUUGAAAUCCCUGCGAAAUACAGCUGUAUCCUCAGACUUCAGUGGUCCACAAUCCUUUUGAAGCAAAUGACAGGUUUAAUACACAUUAAUGUGCAUUCAGCUUAAAAAAAACCAAGCACUCCAUCUUUGUGGAGCAAGUAACGAUUAUCACCAGCCAUGUGUCUGUGUCCAAAGCCAGAGGUAAAAUAUUCCUUGUGGCCCAGAAUAACAAGUGAACAAGUCUGAUUGUAAAACAAUUUUUUAUAAGAGUGCAUUAUAUUAAUAAUGUCUGAAACACAGAUUGUUUUCAGUGAUCUGUCACUGAAAGAUGGAUCCAUUGAAGUUCUCUCAUAUUGUUUAGGCAGAGUUACAGUUUUGUUUAAAUAAAAAUUAGAAGGCGUGCAUGCCUGUGCAUAGACACAUACAUACGUAUUUACACAGCCACUUUAAAAAUGUCUUGAGUUUAAAUAUUGCAGUAAGAAGCCAACCUUGGUUUGCAGUACAGAAGUAUCACGUCCAAAGUUUCUCCUAAUUAUCUCCCAUCAUCACCAGCAGCAUGGCAUCGAUCAUGUUUACUAGGCAUAAUAGAAAUUGUAAUCUAAUCUUUUUGGAGGGCACCCAGCUGGGAAAGUUACAUGUGUGAAAUACAUGCAAACACAAGCAGGGUGUCUUGAAUGUCUUGGGAGAUUAAUAUUCCAAUUGAGGAUUUCUUGUUUAGAUCAAUUGAGCUCAGCAGAAUUCCCUAAGUAUAUUUUCUCCUGCAAUCAGUUAAAGAUAUACCAAGUCAGGUUUGACUGACUGCAAAUUAGGUUACAUUUAUAAUAGAAAGAAAAAGCUUGGGAUCAGUUAUUGAAUAUACUACCAUUAGAAAGAAAAGUGGAACAAAUCAUAAAUAUCCAGAGAUCAAAAGCCAAAGAACAGAUGGUUAUUCCAGACUUUGUUCUGUUUUGGGCCCCAUUCAAUUCGUAUAAAGAAAUAAAAACAAACACUAUAUAUAUAUAUAUAUAUUUUACAAAUCAGUUAUAGCAACAUUAUUUUUAUUGUGAUUUUAUUUCUUCAAAUACAGUGAGCACUUUAGUUGCACAUCACAAUAUGACAUAGCAGUAUUUAGGAAUCUUUAAUCAGAGAACAUUUAAACCAUAUUCAUAGAGAGGCUUAAUCACCAUCGACCAAGGAUGGCUAUCCAAGGUGGUGGUCUGAAGCAGUGAUGUUUUUCAGCAGUAGCCAAAUAUGAUGAAUCAAAUCAUAUGUUGCUAUCAAGUAUCUUUAGUGGGGACUUGAUCUUUUAGGAACUGUCUAAUCUAUAGUGCUAAAAUAUUGCUUGUACAUUUUUCUACAGAGAUAAUAUACUUUAAUUAACAUUGUUAUUGUCCCAGAACUGAGUAUGACUUUCUUUCUUCUAUGAAACCAGUAAUGCUCAAUCAGUCCUUUCUUCUAAGUGAAAUACAGGGUCUCCAUUCAUACAGGAAACUUACUCUGGACCACAGCUUGUCCUGGUCAAAAAUCAUUUUUUUUUUUUUGCCAUGAAACCAACAAUGAAAACUGUUAAUCAUAACCAAGCACGUGAGUUUUUAAUCAAUGUAUGAUUUAGGGAAAAUGUGCUGCACUUAUGUUUCAAUAGGAUUUCAUACCCACCAAAAACAAUGACCAAAUGCAUUGUAAAUUUUGAAAAAAGGCUUCAACAAGCAUUAAAAACUUAUCUAAAGAA